UUCCGUGCUGUACGCUGCUUCAAGAUGGACAGUAAUACCACCUUUGUCGAAUAUGACCCUCGACCCUAUAUCGUCGCUUUGCGAUAUGUAGUUAGUAUUGUUGGCGUUCUGGCAAACUUUCUGGUCGCAUUCGUGUUUUUGUACAAUAACAUUCACAAGAAAUCUAUAACACGCUUGUUGAUACUCCAUCAGUCAAUAAUUGAUCUCUUUGGCUGCUUUUUCUUUCCUGUAGUGUACAAUUCUACCAUCCAUAGUGACAUCAGGGGAUCAAUUCUUUGUCGAUGUCGUACCAUAUUUUUCUACUUCCUGUCAGCUUCCACCCAGAAUCUUCUUAUUUUGACCAUUGAACGCUACAUUGCAGUUGUUCAUCCUAGAAAAUAUUUUCGAAAUAGUCAGAGCCCAGUAAAACGUAGAAUAAUUCUGGCAAUUCCGCAUGUUAUUACAUUUCUUACUGGGAUCCAGCUUACCAUUUUCGCAGAUUUUGUUGCCGAACAUCCGGGUACUUGUGAAUAUUCAUAUCCAGUAGAGGCGAUAGCUAAGUGGUCUGCUGGCAUAAUUUUUCUAACAUUUUGGCUGAUCCCGGUUGUGGCUAUGUCAUAUUGUUAUAUCCGUAUUUUGCACACUUUAAAAGAGAGAUCCAAGAAUGCUAGCCUACCAACAAGGGAAAAUAAAUAUGGCACUCACAGGCGCCGUGAUAUGGCGGAAAGGAAUGUUAUCACUACGCUAUUACUGAUCUUCAUGGCGUUCAUAAUAACAUUAACCCCCAACGUUGUAUACUAUUCAAUUCACUCAGUGUGCAACUGUUUGGAGUUCGAAACAUCGGUGAUACAUGACAUCACAGUUCUUCUCAAUGCACUGAAUCUGACAAUAAAUCCAUUUAUAUAUGCAUUUAAGUUCAGAGACUUUAAAGUCGGCUUUAAAGUUAUCGUCAGAAGAAUCAGAAGUCGGACACUGUUUUCAAGCUCUGAUGACGUCAAUAUGACGUCAAUCAACCACGGCAUUAGCAUAACAAACGAUAAUGGCUGAAUAUUAUCAAUAAUACUGUCAUCAUGGGCAUAUCUAUUUUUAGUUUAUAAAUUUCGUACAUUUCAUUAAUGCAGCCCAGACUUAGUACCGGUUGUCGCUAUGUUCAAAUUUUAUUAAAAGCUGAUAAUUGACUUUAAAAAAAACAAGCGGUUAAAAAACAGUUCGCCCUCUAAUUAAAGAUCCCUCCUAAAGCCCACCUCUAAUCAAAUAUCAUUUUUUUUUGGUCCCACAUUCACAAAUGUUUUUUUUUAAUCUUUAUUAUUCUAGACCAAACCUGCUUAGACCAUAAAAGUGAUCCUUAAUUGAAGGGAGGCCUGUAUUAUAUUUUGCUAAACGUUUUAACCGAAUCAGAUUUAAAAAAAUCUAUUUCAACUUUUUGUUCAACAUGAAUAAAAUAAAUAGAAUUUAAAAAAUUGUUAAGAAACUAUUAUAAUUGGAACGGAUAUCAAAGAGGUUGACACUGUAGUAAGCAUGGCAGUUUAUGAUACAUUUCCAAAGUAGGCCUAAUCUUAUCACACACAAAUCAUCCUCUUCAUCAGUAUAUUAAAAUUAGUAAAGCAGGUCGCAUAACAAUGAUAUCCACGAUGGAAGACAGAAAGAAUUAGAAAAUUAUUUUUUCCAUUUCCAUGAGACAAUGAUGAAUGUUGAAGAGGUAAAAUUUAUAGAUAUUUUAAAACGACUUCAGCAAAAUACUGCUUUUAAUUUU